UGCCGCCCGCCUCCUCCUCCUCCUGCUCUCCUCCCGCCGGCGGGUCGCUGGUGGCGCAGCUCGCCGGCUAGAGCAGCCCCAGCGGCAUCUCCUUCUCCUCCUCCUCCUCCUCCAGCCAGGCUACGCUUCACCUGUAGGCGGCGAGGCUCCUCCAGUCUCCGGAGCCGGGCGAGGCGCCAGCGAGCGGCUCCCUCCCGCGCGCCUGGAAGCAGGGCUGGGGGCUCGUCGAGGCGCAGCAGCCCCGGAGGCUCCGAUCCCUGCCCGGCGCAAAGGACGACUUGGCCAACUUCGCCACCCGCGGAGGACGGAGCAAGCAGGGGCUGAAGCCAGGCGGAGGGGAAGGCUGAAGUCCCCGCCGCCGAUUAUUCCUCCUCCUCCUCCUCUUCCUCCUCCUCGCCAGGCAGUGCCAGCCGCCGCGUCCUCUAGCCUUGCAGCAGGGAAGGGAGGCGAUCGCCGCGGCGGCGGCGGCGGCGGCGGAGGAGGAGAUGGAGACGCUGCUGCUGCUGCUGCUGCCGCCGCCGCCGCCGCCACUCCUGCCUGCUUCGCCCGGGUCUGGGGCUCGCUUAGCCGGCGCAACCAGGGAGCAGCUCCGCGCCGGGGCCGCCCGCUCCAGCUCCAGCUAAGCUGCCUCUCCGCCGGGACGACGGCGCAGCCCGAGGGAUCCCCGCGCUCUGUCUGCCCGUCCGCCCUCCGCCAGGCUGCCAUGCGGGCACCAAGCUCUGCCGCCCGGCCGGGGCAACUUCUCCGGGACUCCCACGACCCCCGACGGGACUCUACGCUCAGCCCCGCGCCGGCCCGGGAGUCUCCCCGGCGGAGCAACGCCCGGGCGCGGAUAAAGUUAAACUUCUGCUGCGGAAACCGAAGAGGAGGAGGAGGAGGCGGCGGUGGCAUCUUCUCCUCGCCCUCCCGCUUCCCUCGCCGCUGCCCGGGCUGGUGGGCGUUGCUCUGGGUCCAGCUCCACGUGUGGCGCGCUCUGGCGCAAGAUGAUGUAGCUCCCUAUUUCAAGACGGAACCCAGUUUGCCUCAGACGCACCUGGAAGGAAACCGCCUUAUUCUUACCUGCUUGGCAGAAGGAAGCUGGCCUUUGGAAUAUAAGUGGCUGCAUAACGACAUGGAAAUCACAGAGUUCUCCAGGGAAUAUAGAUACGUCAUUCCUUCCUUGAAAAAAUCGGAUGGAGGUUUUUAUCAGUGCGUUGUGAGGAACAGAAUGGGGGCUCUCUUGCAAAGAAAAUCGGAGGUUCAGGUGGCAUACAUGGGAAGUUUCCGGGAUGAGAACCAGCGGAAAACCGUCCCUGAAGGACAAGCUGCUGUCCUAAACGUCCCCCACAUCCCCAGUUACCCCAAACCGCAAGUGACGUGGUUCAGAGAUGGGCACAAGAUUAUACCGAGCAGCAGAAUAACCAUCACCUUAGAGAACCAGUUGGUCAUUCUUGCAACCUUGCCAUCGGAUGCCGGGAACUACUAUGUCCAAGCGGUGAAUGAAAAGAACGGAGAGAACAAGACGAGUCCAUUGAUUUGCUUGAACGUGACAGGUGCUGAUGCCUCAACCAACACCGUGACUCCUGUGAUCGUAAUCCCUCCGCGCAACUCAAGCGUAACCAGCGGGAGUAAUGAAGCUAUCCUGGAGUGUCUGGCCAAUGGCAGGCCCAUUGAGAAAAUAAGUAUCACCUGGAAGAGGAAUGGGAAAAUCCUCAGUGGGGUCGGCAGGACGGGCCGACGUCUGGCGAUCGCAAACCCAACUUCAGCUGACCUGGGAAUGUACGUCUGUGAGGCACAACUGAGCGACAGCCCCCUCGAGCCCGAAAGAGCGAACACCUUCCUGUCUAUCCUGGAGCCACCGUAUUUUACCGCUGAACCAAACAACCGGAUUUUGCUAGAAGUAGAGAAGACAGCGAGCAUCCCAUGCCAAGCCACAGGCAUCCCACGGCCUAUCCUAGCUUGGUAUAAGGACGCUGUCCCCAUCAGCCAACGAGUCCAUCCUCGUUACACGGUGCUACUCAACGGGACUCUUCAGAUCCAGAGAGCGCAGCCAGAAGAUUCCGGAAUCUUUCAAUGUUUUGCAAGGAACGAGGUUGGCGAGAUAGAAAGCCAUGCCUACCUUGAGGUCACCAAUGUUGCGCCCACCUUCUCCUGGCCCCCGGCAGACGCUACCAUCACCGAAGGGAUGAGCGCCGUGUUAAGAUGUGAAGUUUCUGGAGCCCCAAAGCCCGCCGUUGCAUGGAAAAGGGGGAAUCAGAUUCUGGCCAGUGGCUCCAUUCAGCUCCCCAGGUUCCAUCUCCUUGAGUCUGGAGGUCUUCAGAUCAGCCCUGUCUUUCUCGGAGAUGCUGGCGUCUACACCUGUUGCGCGGUCAACUCCGAAGGCGCGCUGAACGCCUCUUCUUCUCUCACCGUAUGGAACCGCACUUUUAUCGCCCGCCCUCCAGAGGAUAGCACGGUUAUUAAGGGAACAACAGCCAUGCUUCAGUGUGAAGCUGCUCAUGAUCCAAGGAUUUCCAUCAGGUACACUUGGAAGAAGGAUACUGUGAUCAUCAAUCCAUCCAGCAGCUCCCGAAUCACCAUCGAGAAAGAUGGCAGCCUCAUCAUUGGCCAAACGUGGUCAGGUGACAUUGGAGACUACACCUGCGAAGUCAAUUCCUCGGGCGGGAAUGAUUCACGCGUGGCCCGAAUGGAAGUAAUAGAGCUGCCCCAUCCGCCACAGAACCUGUUUGCCACUCUGAAUUCUUCCUUCAGCCGCAGCGUCAUCCUCUCCUGGGUGAGACCCUUUGAUGGAAACAGUCCGGUUCUGCAUUACAUCGUCGAAGUCUCUGAGAACAAUUCUCCCUGGAAAGUUCAUCUCUCCAAUAUUGAUCCCUCGUUGACCAGCAUCACUGUGAGCGGGUUAACCCCGGCCCGUACCUACCAGUUUAGAGUCUGCGCGGUGAACCAAGUGGGCAAAGGGCAGUACAGCCUAGAAACCAGCAGAUUGAUGUUGCCGGAAGAACCUCCGAGCGCUGCGCCUAAAAAUAUCGUGGCUAGCGGACGGACCAAUCAGUCCAUCAUGGUCCAGUGGCAACCACCUCCGGAAAGUGAGCAUAACGGUGUUCUCCAUGGCUACAUCAUAAGAUAUCGCUUAGCAGGACUUCCUGGGGAGUAUCAAUACAAGAACAUAACCAGCGCGGAGAUAAACUACUGCUUGAUCAAAGACCUCAUCAUCUGGACCCAGUAUGAAAUCCAGGUGGCAUCUUAUAACGGAGCUGGUCUGGGAGCCUUUAGCAGGGCAGUCACCGAAUACACAUUGCAAGGAGUGCCCACUGCACCCCCUCAGAACGUCCAAGCGGAAGCGGUCAACUCCACCACCAUCCAAUUCUUCUGGAACCCUCCUCCGCAACAGUUCAUCAACGGGAUCAACCAAGGAUACAAGCUCUUGGCGUGGCCAGUUGAUGCCCCAGAUGUUAAGACCGCCGUCACCAUUCCUCCAGAUUUUCAUGGCGUCCACAGAGGAUAUAUAACCAACCUGAAGAAAUUCACGGCUUACUACACCUCGAUCCUUUGCUUCACCACCCCGGGCGAUGGGCCACCCAGUCCACCACAGCUACUACAGACUCACGAAGAUACACCAGGAACGGUGGGACACCUGAGCUUCACAGAGAUUCUGGACACUUCGCUCAAGGUCAGCUGGCAAGAACCCGUUGAGAAAAACGGCAUUAUUACAGGCUAUCAAAUCUCCUGGGAGGUCUACAGCAGGAAUGCAUCUCGUCUGGCUCGGACUCUGGCUAACACAACCCUGGAGUACAAAAUCACAGGCUUGUCAUCUCUCACCACCUACACCAUCGAAGUAGCAGCUCUGACAGCAAAGGGAACCGGCUUGGUCACUUCAUCGACCAUCUCAUCCGGAGUUCCCCCAGAACUUCCCGGUGCACCUUCCAAUUUGGUCAUCUCAAACAUCAGCCCUCGAUCUGCAACUCUUCAGUUCCGGCCUGGAUAUGAUGGCAAGACCUCUGUCUCUAAAUGGAUAGUGGAGGGCCAGGUUGGUGUGAUAGGAGAGGAAGAAGAGUGGAUAACUUUGUGCGAAGUGGAGAAGGAAUCGAAUGCUCAGUUGUUGGAGAUUCCAAACCUCACACCUUACACUCAUUACAGGUUCAGGAUGAAGCAGGAAAACAUUGUUGGCCAAAGCCCAUUCAGCCAGCCAUCCCGGGUCAUUCAGACCCUCCAAGCACCCCCAGAUGUGGCACCAGGGAGCGUGACUGUGCGUACCGCCAGUGAGACGAGCUUAUGGGUUCGCUGGGUGCCUCUGCCUGAUGCACAAUACAAUGGGAACCCCGAGUCCGUGGGUUACAGGAUCAAGUACUGGUGUGUGGACACGCAGUGCCCUGCAUUGGCCAAGGUCAUCAGCGACCGACUGGAGACGGAAGUCACCGUUGAGGAUCUUCAAGAGUGGACCGAGUAUGAAUUGCAGAUCCAAGCCUUCAACGCCAUUGGGUCGGGACCUUGGAGUGAGAUAGUGCGAGGCCGUACACGAGAAUCAGUUCCUUCAGCUUCCCCAGCAAAUGUGUCCGCUGAAGCCGUGAGUUCCACUCAGAUGCUUUUGACGUGGUCAGCCGUGCCCGAACCUGAGCAAAAUGGGCUCAUUCUGGGUUAUAAGAUUUUGUACAAGGCCAGAGAUGUGCAAAGUCAACCAAGCAGCCAAGUGGUCCGAGGGAACCACACCCUUUCGGUCCUGCUCGCUGGCCUGCAGAAGUACGUGGUGUAUGAGAUUCAGGUCCUGGCCUUCACCCGCAUUGGAGACGGGGUUCCCAGCAAUCCGCCAGUCACUGAGCGAACGAAGGACGAUGUCCCUGGUCCCCCGGUGCGGUUGGUAUUUCCCGAAGUGAGGCUGACGUCAGUGCAAAUUAUGUGGCAACCCCCCGAGGAACCGAACGGGAUCAUUCUUGGGUACCAGAUUGCUUACCGUCUGGCAUCCAGCAGCCCCAACAAGUUCACCACGGUGGAAGUCGGCUCUUCCGUUCAACAGUUUGCAGCUACCGAUCUCAUCCCUGAAUCCGCAUAUAUUUUCCGAGCUUCUGCCAAGACCCGCCAAGGUUGGGGUGAGCCCUUGGAAGCGACUGUGAUCACCACGGAAAAGAGAGAACGACCAGCCCCUCCCAAGGAAUUAAAGGUCCCUCAGUCCGAAGUCACAUCCCGGAGUCUCCAUCUGCACUGGGUCCCUGGAAGCGACGGUUCUUCUCCCAUCCGUUACUUUACCAUUCAGUUGAAAGAGCUCCCAAAUGGAGACUGGAAAACCUACUCUUCAUCUGUCAAUCACAAAGCUACCUCCUGCUUGAUUGACAGGUUGAACCCCUUUACCUCUUACAAGCUCCGCCUGAAAGCCACCAACGAUGUCGGAGACAGCAAUUUUGGUGCUGAGACGGAGGCAGUCACUACACUGCAAGAUGUUCCAGAUGAACCACCAAAUUCCGUGUCUGUGACCCCAUACACAACUUCCUCUGUCCUAGUACAGUGGCAGCCUCCAAAGGUAGAGAGUCUCAAUGGUCUUCUUUUGGGAUAUCGUAUUUAUUAUCGGGAGCUGGAACCCGAAAACACUAGACCAGGAACAGAAUCCAAAGCCCUUAAAAACCCAUCAGCUCUGCGAGCCGAAAUUGCAGCCCAAAGCAUCUUCAAGGCAGUGAACAGCAGCUCGGACUUAACAACCUACGAAUUAACAAAACUGAAAAAGUACAAGAGGUACGAAGUGAUCAUGACAGCAUAUAACAUUAUUGGAGAAAGCCCCGCCAGCGCCCCUGUGGAAGUCUACGUUGGAGAAGCAGCUCCCGCAAUGCCUCCCCAGAAUAUCCACAUCAGUGCCGUGUCUGCAAGCCAGCUGGAGAUCACCUGGGACCCCCCUCCCGUGGACAGCCAGAACGGAAAUAUUCAAGGCUACAAGGUUUAUUAUUGGGAGAAAGACGGUCAGAACGACACAGAAAAAGUGAAGGUUCUCUUCCUACCCGAUACAAGCAUCCGGCUCAAAAACCUGACCAGUUUCUCCAAGUACCUGGUCUGUAUUUCCGCUUUUAACGCAGCAGGGGAUGGACCCAAGACAAGCCCUGGGGAAGGAAGGACACUCCAGGCAGCUCCAGGCGUCCCCAGUUUCUUGAUCUUCUCCGAAAUCACAUGCUCGGCACUUAACGUGACUUGGGGAGAGCCAACGGCCGCCAAUGGGAUCCUACAGGGAUAUCGGGUGAUCUAUGAACCUUUGGCUCCAGUUCAAGGGGUGAGCAAAGUGGUAACCGUGGACAUCCAGGGAAAUGGGCAGCGCUGGUUAAAAGUCAGAGAUCUCACCAAAGGAAUGACCUACUUAUUCCGAGUUCAAGCCAGGACCAUUAUCUAUGGACCUGAACUGCAAGCUAACAUCACCGCUGGGCCAGCGGAAGGAUCUCCUGGUUCUCCACAGCACGUGCUGGUCUCAAAAUCCUCCUCUGGACUCACUUUGUACUGGACGGAGGGAGUUUCAGGGGUGAAACCCAUCACUGGCUACGUCAUAGAAAGUCGGCCUUCAGAUGAAGGUGUGUGGGACCUGUUUGUGAAGAACAUCCCACGGAGUGCCACAUCCUACACGGUCAGCCUGGACCAGCUGAAAGAAGGAGUAAGCUAUCAGUUCCGAGUGGUGGCGGUGAAUGAGUUUGGAUAUGGAGAACCCAGUGCAGCUUCUGUAGCCAUCUCAGCUCACACGGAAUCUCCUUUCUACGAAGAGUGGUGGUUCUUGCUCGUGGUGGCCCUCUGCAGCCUCAUUCUCAUCCUGAUGGUCAUCUUUGCGUUGAUCUUACACAACCAGACCAAGAAGUACCGAGACAACAACACAGAGCCAGAGAAGGGUCUACGCCUUCGCUCAUUCUGUCGCCAUUUGUCCCCAGGAAAAAAUGUGUCCGGCGUGGAAGAAUCUGUCACUCUGGAUAAUGGGGGGUUUACAUCACUGGAGCUCAACAGCCGGCAUCUCAAUGUCAAAAAUACUUUCUUGAAGAAGAAUGGGACCAGAUCACCACCUCGCCCGAGCCCUGGAGGCCUACAUUAUUCGGACGAGGACAUCUGCAAUAAGUACAAUGGAGCUGUCUUGGCCGAAAGCAUCGCCCUCACCGAGAAACCCUUGGAUGCUUCAGAGUCGGAAGGGACGGAUUCCGACUAUGAAGAUGAGCUGCCAAAGCAUUCGUUCGUCAACCAUUACAUGAGCGACCCGAGCUACUACAAUUCGUGGAAACGCCAGCAAAAGGGCACAAAGCAUUCGACGCCUUACAGAUACGAGGAACGGGUCGCGAGCGAGGCCGAACCUUACUUCCAGACUGUUAUCACGACGCAGAGUUCAGGAGGGGUCUACACCCCGACAGGACAGCCCACCCCGGGCUCAAGGACUCCAGUGACAGGGUUCUCGUCGUUCGUCUAGCACCCACGGAAAAAGAGCGCCGGCCUCAAAUUCAGCGGCCCGCCACGGUUCGGGUCGACGCCAGCCCAUCCCGACGUGACUCUGGGAGGCACACAGGCAGUGAACUGGGGGUAUAUUUCUCUUUAUCAGGGUAGAAUGGAUGUACAUGUGAAUGUCUUUUGGGGUUUAUUUUUUUUUUCAAGACAAUCAACACUUUAAGACAUGGAGCUGAUGAGUUUGCUUUGAUUUUUUUUUUUUCUUCUCCCCCUUUGAAAAUCCCAUAAAUGAUCAAAACCGGACCAUUUUAACCACUUUGGAAUAUGAUUUAAAAGAAUUUUUUAAAAAUAAAAAUAUGCUUUUUUAA